UUCAGAAAAUUUAACUGGUUUGCGCGAGUAUGCAUUGAGAGACACGGUCGCUUGUUCGUUACGCGAUUCGCCCUUUGGUCCAGUUGUGCCCCGCAUGUCUGCGAACAAUGCUCCCCAGCCGGUGAAGCUCUCACUACCUCUCGAAUACCAGCAGCACCUGUUCCAGGAGUUGCGCAAUGAGGAUGAGCUCGUCAUUCUUGCCCGGGGCCUCGGCCUCAUGCGCCUGAUCACAAACCUGCUGCACAGCUACGAUGCUGCUGGAAAUAAUCUCAUUGUCAUAGUCGGUGCCGAAGACCGUGAAAAUGCCUGGAUCGGCGAAGCUCUCGCCGAACAUGCCGCUAUUAGCAUGGCUCCCAAGGCCAGGGGGCUUACCGUUGUCAACACUGAUUUCACCAGUGUAGCUGCUAGGGAGAAGAUGUAUACUCGAGGGGGAAUCUACAGCAUCACGUCCCGCAUCCUCGUCGUCGAUCUGUUGACUACUCUCCUCAAUCCCGAAACCAUUACGGGCCUGAUAGUUUUGCAUGCUGAAAAGGUGAUUGUCACGUCCCUCGAAGCAUUCAUCUUGCGUAUAUAUCGCCAGAAGAACAAGGUUGGCUUCCUCAAGGCCUUCUCGGACAACCCAGACCCCUUCACCAUUGGCUUCUCUCCACUUGCUACAAUGAUGAGGAACAUGUUCUUGCGUAAAGCUUCGCUUUGGCCAAGAUUCCACAUCACCGUGGCAAGUUCCCUCGAAGGCAAGAAGAAGGCCGAGGUCAUCGAGCUUGAGGUUCCAAUGACCGAUGCCAUGAAAGAAAUCCAGACAGCCAUCAUGGAGUGCGUCGAAGUCAGCAUAAAAGAACUGAAGAAGGGAAAUUCUGGACUAGAAAUGGAUGACUGGAAUAUGGACAGCGCCCUGCUAAAAAACUUUGAUAUCAUGAUUCGCCGACAGUUGGAUCCGAACUGGCACAGAGUCAGUUGGAAGACAAAGCAAAUUGUCAACGACCUGACUGUUUUACGGAGUAUGCUGCAUUCGUUGUUAUCCUUCGAUUCGGUGUCUUUCCUUCAGCACCUUGACACCAUCCAUGCGGCCCAUUCCCCACAACCAGGGUCAACAAGGCAGAACCAAUCGCCAUGGAUGUUCCUCGAUGCUGCGCACACCAUUUUCAGCACUGCAAAACAGAGGGUGUACGCCAGUAAUGUGAAGGCCACCGAGAAAACUUCGAUGGAGUCACUUCGCCCAGUACUUGAGGAGCAGCCUAAAUGGGCAGUCCUUGCGGAAAUAUUGCAAGAAAUAGACCGCGACUUGAUCUUUGAGCCGCCCAUGAGAGACGACUCUAAUGGGACCAUCCUCAUCAUGUGUUCUGAUACCGCUACAACCCGUCAAUUACGAGACUACUUGCAGAAGAUGUACAUCAAACCGAAAGAGGAUGUCCUAUUGGCGAAGCAGGAUCAAGAUCGUGGUCAGCCAUCGGCCGCAUUCCUGAUGAGAAGAAAGCUUCGCGACUACUUGAAGUGGAAGAGUGAGUUCGCGCAAAUCAGCUCAGCAUUAUUUGCAGAGAACCAGAAAGCCCUCAAAGAAGCGGCCGAUCCACGUCUGGCUCAAGGAGGCAACAAAAGCCGAGCACCAGCAAACAAGCGCAGGCGGCAGCGUGGGGGUAGUGUAAUCGGUGCGGCACCGGGCAGAGCUGCAAAUGGCAGUCUCAUGCCCUACAUCGAAAAGCCUGCUGAAGUGGAAGACCUUAUGGCCGAAGUGCAACUUACAGAGGAGGAGGCCAAUGAAAAGGCUGACAUUAUUGCCGACCCCCUCGAGGAUAUGGACGACUUCUACGAGCUUUACGAGAUGCAAGAUCUCAUCGUGGUUCAUGCGUACGAGGGCGACCAAGACGAGCACGUCCUGGAAGAAGUUAAGCCGCGGUACAUCAUUAUGUAUGAGCCCGAUGCGGCAUUUAUCCGGCGUGUGGAAGUCUACAGAUCUUCUCAUAAUGACAGAAAUGUCCGCGUGUACUUCAUGUUCUACGAGGGAUCUGUGGAAGAACAACGAUACCUCGCUUCAGUCCGACGAGAAAAGGAUUCCUUCACCAAGCUCAUCAAGGAGCGCGCCAGUAUGUCAAUUGUCAUGACGGUUGAUGCUCACGGCAUCGAAGAUCCCCAGGAAGCAUUCCUUCGGACGGUAAACACGCGUAUCGCCGGUGGUGGGCGGCUCGCCGCUACCGCUCAACCGCCACGAGUAGUGGUCGAUGUGCGAGAAUUCCGCUCCUCGCUGCCUUCGCUUCUACAUGGGCGCAACAUGGUUAUCGUGCCGUGUAUGCUUACAGUUGGUGACUAUAUUCUCUCGCCCAACAUCUGCAUCGAGCGUAAAUCCGUCAGCGACCUGAUAAGUUCCUUUAAGGAUGGCCGGCUCUUCACUCAAGCCGAGACCAUGUUCCAACACUACAGGAACCCAAUGCUUCUCAUUGAAUUUGAUCAGAACAAAUCCUUCACACUGGAACCCUUCGCCGACCUGUCCGGCAACCUAAACUCCGUUAACCCAGCAAGCGGGCCUUCGGACCUGCAGUCGAAGCUAGUCCUCCUGACCCUCGCGUUCCCGCGCCUCCGCAUCAUCUGGAGUAGCAGCCCCUACCAGACGGCCGAGAUCUUUGAGAACCUCAAGACGCAGGAGGAGGAGCCUGACCCCAUCGCCGCAGUUAGGGCCGGGCUUGAUAAAGACAUGAAGGCCGAAGAUCAGGCAUUUAAUCUCGAGCCACAGGAGAUGCUGGGUGUAGUUCCCGGUGUCACACCGAAGAAUGUCAAGAACUUGGUGUUGGAGUGUGCGAACAUUAGGGAGGUAGCCAAUUUGACGGAGGAGGAGCUAGAGCCCCUUGUGGGGAGGGAGGCGGGGAGACAAAUAUCACAUUUUUUUGGGAGGAACUUGAUCGAUAUUGACUAAGAAUGCUCAAAAUACGCUACAGCAUACCAUUCCGGUUGGCGUAGCAAACGAGUCGGGUUUGAAUAAUUUCUUUAGCUCAAUUCUUUCAUCUCGUUCGUCAUACAGUCCUAUACAAGCCUAAAACUU